AUUGAUUAUUAAUUGUGUCAUUAGCAUUUGCGACGUCACGUACGCACAGCUGCGUCCCGAAUUGCGAAGUCUGACACGAUGUUCGAUGUUUGUGUUGGACUCCUUAACUGAGGAUUGAUUGUUAUGUAAGUUUGUGACGUCACGUGCGCGCAGUUGCAUCCUGAGUUACGAAAUCUAACGCGAACGUCCGAUAUUUGAUUACCUAACUCAGCACUGAUUAUCAACCCUCUCUCGAAUGUAUAUACAGCUCCCAAAUUCACAAAUAGACAUACAGGAUAAUUGACUUUAUACCAGUUUACACUUGCCGUACCACAAAAUUAAAGCUAUAGAAAAAAAAGCAAUGGCAUGCUCUAGCAAUAUAUAACCUGACGCAAGAACGUUAUUAGUGCGUCUAAAGCUGUCAAAAUCUCAGCAUAAUAAAGUGAGUUCGUAAAAUUGAAAGUUCCGUGGACUGUUGUACAACCCCAAUAUCCAUUCCAGGGUUAAACAAGCUCGACUAACGUUUAAUUACCAAGUAGGUCUAAUUAUUAAACGAAAUCGAUUAUUGAACAAGCAGACUGUUUCUACAGAGGAACGCGGGAGGGGGUGGGCGGCGAUAUGUGUUAAAUACAUGCGCGUACGAGAGGAAAAGAGAGCGAGAGCGCAAAUAGAACCGUUUGCUCGGCUUGCAGUCACCCGCGCUGCCAUCGACGCCAGUGUAUCGCGAUACUUUCCUUUCCCGAUGCUAAUACGGACAUCGAUAUUUUUUUGUCGACUCCAGUAACGAGUGAAGUGUCGAUACCUUUUUCCGAUACCGUGUCCCUAGCCCCGUCCCGUACAGGGACCGGGGAACGGCGAGAAGAUACAGACAGGUUGCGUGCAAUGCCCGCUCGUUCUUCUCUCUAUGCAUUGCUCGCUCGCUCGCUCGCUCGCUCGCACGUCCGUCGAUCGCAUGCGAUGGUGAAGCCGUGCGCGCUCGUGCGCGCGCGCGUGUGUGUGUGUACUCGACUUGGUGUGCGUACGUGCGCGCGUUACACCAAGGGGGCGCGUAUACGCGCGAGAAAGACGCACCCGUACGAAACGUAGGACGUCCUCGUCCUACCCCGAGGUCCUGCGGUAGGCGCGUGCUCACUCCACUUGGGUGCCGCUCGCAGCUGUGUAUGUGUACGUGUGGGUGAGUGUGAGUGCGCUGCCGCCACCGGUACGCGGUGGGGGUAGAAACGAUUGGUGGACGCUGCGUCGAGUUAGAUGCUGAGGAGAUCUCGCUCGUCAGUCGUGCGGUGGCCGUCGUACCGAGCGCUACGCUCCUCGCCGUUGUACGGAAGCGAUCUCCUGCUCCGUUUCUCUCCUCUGUCUCUGUCUCCGUGUAUCAGUCUUCAUUGCGUGUAUCUAGCUUGUGGAAUUCGUAAACACGUAUAUGCACUCUUCGCUUCUUUCCUCUUCGUCGACGUCGCGGUUUUUGGAGUUUUAGAACGACCGCGCUCUUUUUCUCUCGUUCCUUCUCAAUGGGCCGCGAUCGAGAAUCCGAAGCGCGCUUGCUCGGCUGCAUCGGCGGGGAAACAGUGUGAUGCGCGGGAUUUUGUAAUGGCAUAUCUCGCGACGCGGGUCGGGAAGUACGCACGAGAUGCCAAUGUCGGGGCGCAGAUAAACGUGAAGCAACAGCAGCAGCAGCAACAGCACGUCUGCUUGAUCGGAAGUAUGCGGGAUGCCGUAGCGAGACGCGGCGUUAGCUUGUCAGCGAGUCACCGUAAGCGGGUAACAUUCUGAUACAGGCCGACAGGAUCGAUGCCCGUCGAACGAACCCUGUGACGUGACUUUCUUCGGUGAUACCACUGGCCCAUUAGUUCCGAGGAAGUAAAAGCCGGGUCGAACACACCAAGUUCGAAGGUAAUCACGAACGACAGAAGUUAGUUUAUCGUCCUACAUAAGGCAAAGGAAAAGUACUGUCUACGAGAGAUAGAGAGACAUACGUCCGUGUCGCGUUGAACAAACCGUCAAACCUAAGUGUAUCCUAAAGUGCAAACAAUUUCGAUCCUUAAUUGGGGUGGCGCGUGUUGGUGCAACGAUCGUAACGGCUGGCGCGGGUAACUUGCCGGGGAUUUAUCAACUAACCGAGCACACAUCGUCGAUCCUUUAGUGGAUAUUUCGGCGUCGGACCGUGACAGUUCAAAGUGGAUUCUGUGCACAUCGCCGCGACCGCGAAGGUACGAAGAAGUGUACGUUUCUCCGAUCGACACAUCUCUCUGGACUUUUCUGACGCGUAACUACGGAAGACGCCACGGGCCGAUAAAUAGCUGGCAACGGGCUGAAGAAGAAGAAACACGGUCGUUCGUGUGAUGAUCAGGAGACAGAGAACCGAUACUGAGCGCAGGCAACGAGUUCACUAAAGAUGCGUGGGCUCGUCGGUCUCGAAGGUCCCGGGAGAUCGCUGUUGUUGCUGUCAUUGGCCGCCUAUUACUGCCUGCUCGUGCCGCUGUACCAGCACCACGUGCUCGCCGUGACCAGCGAGCUACCGCCGCGGUUAGAUCUACCGGAGCAUUGUUCGUGGGACUCGCGGCAGGAUGGCGCGCUCACCUGCGUGCAUCGUCACGCGGGCAACGAUUCACUCAGGACGAACUUUUCGCAGGCGACCAGCGAGUACGUGACCGCGAUGAACGUCGUCUGCGAGGAUUCCGAUCUGGACGGGGUCCUCAAUGUGGACGGCUUCCUGUAUCUAUGGCGACUGCGUUCGCUCAAGCUGACCGGAUGCAAGCUGAUACACUGGCCGGCCAAGUUGCUGAGUGGUUUGCGCGAUCUCCGUAAUCUGACUGUGCGGACGCUGAACGGGCGCAAGACAAAAUACAGUCUGGAGCUGGAGAGCGGCGCGUUCGAUGGCACGCCGCAAAUUGAGAAACUGGACCUGUCGUGGAACAACAUUUGGCAGAUACCAGACCGUCUAUUUUGCCCGUUAUCAAACUUGGUGACCCUUAAUAUCUCAUGGAACACGCUGAAGGACAUUUCCGAACUCGGCUUUCGCGACGACGGCGGCGGCGGCGGCGGCGGCGGCGGCGUCGGUGAGAAGCUGCUACUGCUACCGCGACGUCAACACGAAUCAACGUUGGCGCCGCUCUCAUGCUCCCUGGACGUGCAAUCGUUAGACGUGUCGAACAAUCAGAUCUCCGUGCUGUCGACCUACGGAUUCUCGUCGUUGAAGCGUCUACGGGUAUUGAAUUUAUCUAGCAACGCGAUCUCCAUGGUAGCCGACAAGGCGCUGCACGGACUGAGGUCCUUGGAGACCCUUGAUCUGUCGGGCAACAGGAUCGUCGCACUGCCGACGGGAGUGUUCCACGACGCAGCCAAGUCGCUGAAGGAGUUGAGAUUGCAGAACAAUUCCAUCAGCGCGCUGUCGCCAGGUCUGGUGGCCGACAUGAAUCAACUGGUCGCCCUCGACUUGUCGCAAAACGUCUUGACCAGCCCGUGGAUGAACGCGGAUACUUUCUCCGGCCUAAUACGGCUGGUGCUUCUCAAUCUGUCUCACAAUCGCAUCGGCAAGCUGGAUCCGGCGCUCUUCAAGGAUCUGUACACUCUGCAGAUUCUGAAUCUCCAAUUCAAUGAGAUAGAAACGAUACCGGCCGACACCUUCUCGCCGAUGAGCAAUCUGCACACUCUCGUAUUGGGCCACAAUCGUCUCACCUAUCUAGACGCGUACUCCCUCAACGGAUUGUUCGCUCUCUCAUUGUUAGCCCUGGACUCGAACCUGUUAGAAGGAAUUCAUCCCGACGCCUUUCGCAAUUGCUCGAGCAUGCAGGACUUGAACCUGUCCGGCAAUAAUCUCGACAACGUGCCGGUCGCGCUGAAAGACAUGAGGAUCUUGCGGACCCUCGACCUCGGCGAGAAUCAGAUCAGGAGCUUCAACAAGCCCGGCUUUCGCGGCAUGUCGAGCCUGUACGGGCUGCGUAUGAUGGGUAACGAGAUCACCAACAUCACGCAGGAGGACCUCGCGGAAUUGCCGGCGCUGCAGAUUCUGAAUGUCGCGAUGAACCGAAUUGAAUACGUGGAGGACGGCGCGUUCUCCGCGAAUCCGGCGCUACAGGCGAUACGAUUGGACUCGAAUCUGUUGCAGGACAUGUCGAGUAUCUUCUCGAGCACGCCCGACCUCCUGUGGCUGAACAUGUCCGACAACAUGAUCGCGCAGUUCAAUUACAGCUACCUGCCCGAGAAAUUGCAGUGGAUGGACCUUCACAAAAAUCUGAUCGGCGAUCUUGGUGUCGCGCCGCGGGCCAUGAAGCUGAAGACGCUCGAUGUGUCGUUCAACCGGCUCACGAGGAUACACUCGCGCUCAAUUCCGGAUUCCAUCGAGCUGCUGUUCGUCAACGACAAUCUUAUAAAGGCUGUGGAGCCGCAGACGUUCUUCGCCAAGACCAAUCUCACCCGGGUCGAUCUCUAUGCGAACGUUAUCGUCAACAUGAAUCUCUCAGCGUUUCAGCUCACCCAGGUGCCGCCUGGCCGGCAACUGCCGGAGUUCUACAUCGGCGGGAAUCCCUUUAUAUGCGACUGCACCACCGAGUGGUUGCAGAGGAUCAAUUCGUUGACGUUGAGGCAGCAUCCGCGAGUGAUGGAUCUCGAAUCGGUUUACUGCAGACUACCGUACGAUCGUCACAAGUCGUAUAUACCGCUGCUCGAGGCCAAGCCCUCGCAGUUCCUAUGCACCUAUAAGGCGCACUGCUUCGCACUCUGUCAUUGCUGCGACUUUGACGCCUGCGAUUGUGAGAUGACGUGUCCGACCAAUUGCACGUGUUACCACGAUCAGUCCUGGUCGGCGAACGUGGUCGACUGCUCGAGCUCCGGCUACAAGAGCCUGCCGGGCCGAUUGCCGAUGGACGCGACCGAGGUUUAUCUGGACGGCAACAAUUUCGGUGAGCUCAACUCCCACUCGUUCAUUGGCCGAAAAAAUCUGCGUAUCCUCUACGCGAAUGACAGCAACAUCAUCGCGAUACGCAAUCACACGUUCAGCGGCCUCAAGCGGCUGCUGGUGCUCCAUCUGGAGAACAAUAAGAUCAGCGUGCUGAACGGCGUCGAGCUGAUGCCGCUGGAGAAUCUCAAGGAGCUCUACCUGCAGAACAAUCUACUGACGUACAUCGACAACGGCACGUUUCUGCCGCUACGUCAGCUCGAAGUGCUACGCAUGGAGAACAAUCGGCUGGGCACUUUCGCCCUUUGGCAGCUCGCGCAGAAUCCGUAUCUCAUCGACAUCGGCCUCUCCAGCAAUCCGUGGAGCUGCGAGUGCUCGUACUUGGAUCGCGUGCGGGAGUGGAUAUCCCGUAACCGGCCGAAGAUCAACGACUGGCGCAGCGUCACCUGUUCCCUCGGCGUACCUAUAACUCUACCGGCGAACGGAUCGGUCAUAAAUUGCGCGGCAUUAACCGGCACGACCUCCGCGGUGGAGACGCGACCGCUCGAGGCGUACCUGCUGCUACUUCUCACCACAGCGGUGCUGAUCUUCGCGACGGUCGCCUUGGUCUGCGGUGCGUUCCGCCAUCGUCGCACCCUGAGGACCUGGGCCGCGAGCAGAUGCGGCCUGCGCGCCUGUUACAAGACCGCCGCGUUUGAGGACCAAGAGAAGCCGUUCGACGCCUACAUCUCGUACUCGGCGGUGGACGAGGCCUUCGUCUCGGCGAUCCUCGUACCCAGCCUCGAGAACUCGUACAGGCUGUGCCUGCAUUACCGCGAUCUCGGCGCCGGCAGCAACGUUGCCGACGCCGUCGCUGAGGCGGCCGACUCCUCCAGGCGCACGAUUCUCGUACUGUCCAAGAACUUUCUGCACGGCGAGUGGGCCAGGUUCGAAUUCAAGGCGGCCUUGAGGGACGCUCUCAAGGGUAAGGGCCGUUCGGUGAUCUUGCUCUUGGUGGGCGGUGUGUGCCCGCGCGAUCUCGACGCCGAUCUCAAGAAGAGGAUCUCGUCGCACACCGUGCUCGUGUGGGGGGACAAGUUGUUCUGGCAGAAGCUGAGGUUCGCCAUGCCGGAGGUGUCCCCCCUGCCUGUUCUCGAGAGGCCCCUGCCACUGCCGCCGCCGCCGCCGCCCCCGGCGCAUCAUCAAUGGACGUAGAGCUGCCGUUAUUUAGAUGUGAACUGUUCCCAAAAGUAUUAUUGAAUGACGUUACCUAUGGUUUAAUUGGAAAUCGCAGCGAGGAAGGACUCCUGACCUAUCGUGACUUUUCUCCUCUACUUAUUAUCAGAAGCAUUUCUU